AUGGCAGUUUUUAACAAGUGGGUCGCGCUCAAGAUUAUCGAGUUUUUAUUCUGCGUGGCAUGCUUGGUCGCGAAACGAGUAUCCACCGACGAUGAAGCCAGACUGGCCCUCCUACUGCAAAAGCUGUCUCGUGAGUGGUCGUUGCUAAAUUCCAUUACUUGGGAUGGCUCAGGAAGUGCCUUUGCUGAUGCUACUUAUGGUGGUUAUGUGAUCAUCACGUUCGGCCUUAUAUUUGGGAGAGUUUUCCAAGAAAUACCGAGAGGACGCCGUAUUUUAGAAGGAAUCUUACUCGGUUUUGGACUUCUGUUCUUUUUAGUUUUGGGUGGUCUAGAGUUAGCAUCUCUAGACGCAAUCCCAGAUACUUUAACAGUGAACGCAGCUGUCCUCGGAGCCUUAUCUCUGGCAGUCGCCGCCCUCUUUCUCUUAGAUCUUAUGGGCCCCAGGGUCUAUACAGCAACAAGACCCUCACAAACAGACAAGGUAGAACUAAAAUCUCCUAAAAGUGAGAAAAAAGUAUCUAUUAUCACACAACCCUCUUCUAACGGUCACUUACUAAACGAUAAACAAAACGGGAAAGUCCCAGAAAGACCUAAAGAUCUAGAUUUGAGUAAAGAUGUUAAAAGAACAGAGACGCCAGCCUUUGAAUCGCCCAAAACGCCGAUAAGCCAACUGGAGGAGCUACAAAUCGAUAGUUUGGAGAAAUCCAAAUUUGGGUCAUUGAGGAACAUAGAAGGAGGGAAUUAUGUUCGACUUUCUGAUCCUUUAGUGAUCCCGGAUAGGUUACAUUACGAGCAAGAGUUGGCUAAGUUUAACGAAAAAUACUUCAGAGAUUAUUUGGAAUAUGCUGAUAGCUUAGAUGGAAAGGGACAAGUCGUAAAAGAACAAUACUUGCCAGAGCUCCAGACUCCAGUUUUUAAGAAGGUAAAGAGUACGUCUGGGCGACUAAAAGAUUUGUACGAUGAGAUGUCGCCGGUGUAUGAGAAGAAACGUCAAUCUAAGUCGCCGACUAGAGCAAAAACAGUAGCGACGCCCACAUUGCAGCAGCUCGAAGAUUAUUUAAAAGGAUCUGGAAGAUCUAAACGAGGAGACACCCCAGCUAUAUAUCCUCUAGAACGAAUAGAGGAAAAGGAAGGAAAUGACGGCGAGGGUAGAGCCAGCGGAACACCAACCGAUCCAGGUUACGUCCAAUACACUGCUAAUAGGUGGCCAGAGAAAAGGGAGCUUCGAACACCCAGACAUAGUCCCACGUAG